UUUUUAAUAGCCAUUCUUGGAUGCUCUGUUAAAGCCGGAGUUAUUACAUCUGGAAUUGGACUUGGAAAUGUUGGAAUUGGUUUAGGAGAUAUCGGACAUGUAGCUGUUGCUGCUCCUGUAGCUCAAGUAACUCAUAUUGCUGCUCCUGUAGCUCAAGUUACUCACGUAGCUGCUCCUGUAGCCCAAGUAGCUACUCCUGUAGCCGUAGCAUCACACAGUGCUGUAUCAUGGCAGAAUAGUAAUAGUAUCAGCUUGAAUCCUACAGCUGUUGUGUCAAAAGUUGCUGCCCCUGUAGCUGUAGCCGCCCCCGUAGUAACUAGAGUAGCUGCUCCAGUUUUAACCAAAGUGGCUUCUUUAGGAGUUGCCAAUGUCGGAUAUGGUGGCUUCGGACUAGAAAAUGGACUAGGCUGGAACAGAAACAGUUUGGGUUGGAAUGGAAAUGGUUGGAACGAAAAUGUCGCUGCUUGGGGAAAGUAAAAAUUUCAUUGAAAUAAGUGCGAGCCUUAAUUUAGUAUGAUCCUUUGAACCAUUUAUAUUUUCACAAUCAUUUUUCUCUAUUUAUUUAAUCAUG